AUGGUGACCCUCGCACCCCCGUCUUUGAGGGGUGUUCCCCCUCCCCCCUCUUGCCCUCUCUUGCUUCUGCUGCUGCGGCCGACCUCGUUGGUUUCGAGUCGGUCGGCGCUGCGUCUGCCCCUAGUGGGAGACGCCGCACCGGCAAGGGCAAGGGGGGCAAGGGCGCUGGAGGGGCUGGCGGGGGCGGUGGAGGUGGUGGUGGAGGCAGUGGAGGGGUUGGGAGUGGUGGUGGGAGUGGUGGCGGGGGUGGAGGUGUCGGUGGCAGCAGUGGAGGCGGUGGAGGCGGCGGCGGUGGCGGAGGGUGCGGAGGCGGCGGAGGUGGCGGAGGUGGCAGAGGCGGCGGAGGUGGCGGAGGCGGCGGCAGCAACUGUGGAGCUGGUUGCGGUUUUGCGCAGAGGAGUGGCUCCGGUGGUGGUCCGCGCCAGCAGCAGCAGCACAGUCGUGAGACCCUGUCCCCUCAGCAACUUCGUGAGUGUGCGGGGGCCCGCACUCCACCCAGCGCUGCUUCGGCCGCCUGACAGGCGCGUGGCGUCACCAGUCCCUGAGGCCUCGGAGAUCCCUCGCUGGGGAGAGCUGUCUAGGGCGGGAGUUGCUAUCUUUGAUCUUGACUAUGAUGCUAUUCUUGCUGCCAUGUAUGCUAUGUUUGAUAGUGUUGAGGGUGACUGUUACCUGUGUGUUCCGCUUGACCCGGGCAUUGAGGGUCACCCACGUUGUUUUCAUCACUCGAAUCUUCUCCAUCUCCAGCUCUCCCCCGCAGGAUCCGUCGACCUGCCGGUCAGCCGCGUCAGGAGCGUGGGCGUUUGCCGCCCCGUCAGCACCCGCGUCAGCAAUCUCCCCACCGACGCUCCCCAGAGCGUUGCAAAGAUCACCGGGACGGCACUGGCGAUCAGCUGUCCCCUGCGGGCCAUCGCUCUCCUCGCCACCAAUCCCCUCGUGGUCAGGCAGGCCAGCGCUCACCCGGAGCGCGAUCCCCCGCGCAACGGUCUUAGCGGCGAUCUCCGGCGACGCGGGGGAGGGGGUCGCCUGGGCAUCGCUGGGAUUCGGGUCGCCGCAAGCAGUCCCCUCUGCGUCCGCACUCGGCUGGUUCCAGAGGCCGUCGUGGCCGGCGGAAUGGCAGUGGGCGUGGCUCAGGCGCGCACGAGUGGGGAGCCGACUCACGUGCACAUUGCCGUGACCAACGGUCCUCCCUUCGCCGCGGACCCUGGCCAGGUCGCUCCUCUACGCGCUCCGACGCUGCGCGAAUACCUGCCCGCGCGAGAGGGGAGGGCUCAGUUUCGCCCCUACCGUCAGGUCCCGAGCUUCUCCGCGCAGCGCUUCUCUGUUGGCCGGACUCCUGGCUGGCCGACGGCGUUUCCGCACGAGGCUCCGAAUGCACCUCCCCCCACUCACUCGGGGAGAGACCCCAUGCUGACCAUGAGCCGGAUUUUGAAUCUGGCGGAGGCGUGCGAGGUGGUGGCGAACCUGCAGCUGGCGGUGUGUGGGGCCACGCGGAGCUUUCCGAGCAGUAACGGUCCAGGGUCCCGAGGAUCCUGCGUGACUUUGGCAGAAUCUCUCGAGUCGCCGUUGGCACCCGUGUUGGAAGUGCCCGCUGGGGUAGCGCCCUUAGCGCGUACCUUCCCCCGCCACGUGGGGGAUCUCGUUGGGGCUGCUCAAGGCGGGACCCCAGUGGACACGUUUUGGUCGUCGGCGCAUCUCCUUCUUGCGAUGUCGGCGUGCAUGCGCUCCAUGCUUGAGGUGGAGGGGGCGGAGCCGUACACGAUGUAG